UCGUGCCCAUGCUGCGCGUCCACAGCCAGUGUGUAGAGCUCGUGCACGGAUUGAAUUUAAAAUAAAAUAAAACCCGAAUGUAAAGAUUAUAAAAUCUAAUAAAGCGGAGUGUGCUGACGUGAGAGACAGCGAUGGCGCGGGACCUGCUCCUCCUCCCCGCCGAGCACUCGGACAUGGGGACGCAGCGGUGUCGUCUCGGCGCGGCGCUGAUGGAGGGUCUCGGGCUGCGUCUCGGCUCUCCCGUGUUGGUGUCACUGCCGGGCGGGGCUUCCUGUCUCUGUACGGCGUGGCCACGCCCCGAUCUGGCCGACGCCUACCUGCAGUUGGACCCCUCCUGCUCCUCGGCGGACCUCCGCGCGGACGCGCUGCACGGACUCCGCGUGGGGACGGAGCAUCUCAGACCUCUGAUCUGUCCGCGUGUGAAGCGCCUGCGCGUGACUGCGCUGGUGCAGAGCGGCGAGUUUAAACGCAGGACGUCUGCGCAGGCGCUCGGCUCGCUGGCUCUGGAGCUGCUCACAGGCCUGUACGUCCACGAGAAGCACCUGGUGAACGUCUCACACGCGGGCACGCCCCUGCACUUCCUGCGGGUGGACAGCGUGAACUCGGGCUCUCAUAAAGCGGGCCUCGUGACGUCUGAGACCCGCCUGGAGGUGGUGUCGUUGCGGACGGUGGAAGCGCACCGGCGCCGGGCGAGUGAGGGAUCCGCUGUGACUUUGGGGGGACUGGAGGAGGUUCGAGCCUCGCUGAAGGAGAUGAUGACGCUCCUGCUGCGCUAUCCAGUCAGCACGCGGCGUGUGGGCGGGGCGACAGGGCGGGGCACGUUGCUGGUGGGAGCUCCGGGUGUGGGGAAGACGCAGCUGGUGCGCGCCGUGGCGCAGGACGCGGACGCGGCGCUGGUGACGGUGAGCGGGCCGGUGGUGGUGGGGUCGCGACCCGGCGAGAGUGAGGAGAACCUGCGUGCCGCGUUCGCUCGAGCCUCGGAAGCGGCGCGAGAGGAAGCGUGCGUGCUCUUCAUCGACGAGAUCGACGCGCUGUGUCCGAAACGCAGCUCCGGCACCGGAACCCCGGAGAACCGACUCGUCGCUCAGCUCCUCACCCUCAUGGACGGAAUCGGCAGCGACGAGGGGUUCAUCAUCAUCGGAGCCACCAACCGACCGGAUGCCCUCGACCCGGCGCUCAGGAGACCCGGACGCUUCGACAGAGAGAUAGUCAUAGGUGUUCCCACUCUGCAGCAGCGGUACCAGGUUCUGCAGUGUGUGUGUCACAGUGUUCCGCUCUCCCCGUGUGUGGACCUGCGCUCCGUCGCCGAGAUGACCAGCGGGUACGUCGGGGCCGAUCUGAGCGCGCUCAGUAGAGAGGCAACACUGCAGGCCAUACUACACUCGACACAGGGCGGGGCCGGUGGUUCUGGCCAAUCAGGAGGCGAGGAGCGUGCAGUGAGGAUGGAGCACUUUGUGAAAGCGCUGCGAUUGGUUCCUCCCUCCUGCCUGAGGAGCAGUGUGGGCGUGGCCGACUUUAAACCUGUGAGCUGGGAGCGAAUUGGAGGACUGGAGGCAGUAAAGCUCAAACUCAGACAGAGUGUGGAGUGGCCGAUGAAGUUCCCCGAGGCGUUUGUGCGUAUGGGUGUGUGUCGCGCGCGGGGUGUGUUACUGUUCGGGCCGCCGGGCUGCGCCAAGACCACGCUGGUGAAAGCAGCGGCUUCUUCAUCACACUGCAGCUUCCUCACUCUGAGCGGGGCGGAGCUCUACUCUCCCUAUGUAGGGGACUCGGAGCGGGCACUGGCUCAGCUGUUCCGCCAGGCGCGGGCCUGCGCUCCUUCCAUCCUGUUUCUGGAUGAGAUUGACAGCCUGGUUGGUUGCCGUGACGACGGAGGCGGUUGCCGUGGCAGCAGUGUACAGGCUCAGGUGCUGUCUGUCCUGCUGAACGAGUUAGACGGAGUGGGCUUUAGAACCGCUGAGAGACGAGGGACGGGACAGAGUGAGAAGGACAAGGAGAGGACACGCAGAGACCACCGGAUGCAGCUACAGGAAGUGUGUAAUCAGGACGUGAUGAUUGUUGCAGCCACUAACAGGCCGGACAUGUUGGACAGCGCGCUGCUCCGCCCGGGCCGAUUCGACCACAUCGUAUACGUCCCACCCCCUGACCUACAGGCUCGUCUGGCCAUCCUGCAGCUCCACACCGAGAAAAUGCCGCUGGACCCGGAUGUGUGUUUGGAGGAUCUGGCAACUCGUACACACCUGUUCUCCGGAGCAGAUCUGGAAAACCUCUGCAAGGAGGCCGCUCUGUUAGCUCUUCAUGAAGAAGGUAUGAGUGUGUCGUCGGUGCAGCAGAAACACUUUCAAAAGGUCCUACAGAGGUUUCAGCCGUCCGUCACCCCACAGCAGCUCCUGCAGUACCAGCAGCUCUUCAAACACAACUACCGCAGUUAGCAUGGAACUGUUAGCACGCCGCGGUUAGCAUGGAACUGUUAGCACGCCGCAGUAAGCACGCAGUAUAUGUUACAGCUGAUGUGUGAUUCAAACAUUUGACUGAAUGUUGGUGUUUUUUCUUUGAGUCCAGAAUGACUGACAUGAAAAGAGUCAGUGUCAAACUGUGUGUGUGUGUGUGUGUGUGUGUGUGUGUGUGCGCGCUAUCUAUAAAUACGUCCUUUGUGUGGCCUUUCUGCUGCAGCCGUGACCUUUUUAACCCUAUAGUCACUCGACAUUUCAUCAGCCUCCGUGAACAAAUGCUCGUCUACCGAAAAGUCAACCCUGCCGCUCCUGACUCCUCCUACUGGGAGGGGCUUAGCAUACACAGGGAUUAGCCAGGAGUGCUGUAACGGUUAAGGUCGUACAGUCGGGCUGUUCAUCCCUCAGUUUAAUCACCUCGAGCUCUGUGCUUCAUUUCAUCUGUUCACAUUUUUGUAAAUUCUCUGGGAAUGAGGCUACGUAUAAAAAAAAUUGAUUAAAAAUGUUAUUUAUU